GAGGAUGCAGAGGAGGAGGAGGAGGAGGAGGAAGGCUGGCGCGAGCUAACAAAGACCGGGAGGCCAGGAAGGAGAGACAAAGAGGAGGUGGCGACAACUCUGUCUUCAUGCGGGGGAGGAGAGGGGGAGGAUUAAGCGGCUGAUCUGCGACGCGCACGGCAUAUAGACACACCAAACACACACGCCGAUCACCGCCGCCAUCAUCAUCCUCAUCACCAGUGGUGGCCGGCCACAGACAAAGAGAGUGUGCGGUGGGGGCGGGAGGGGGAGAGGACGGCCUUCAUCACCUCCGGUGGCGCUCGUGAUGGCCCGCCACAUGUUCUUGCUGCCUUGUGUGUGCUGAGUGUGUGUGUGUGUGAUGGGGAACACGGAGAGCAUGGAGAGCCAGCUGGCCGUGAUCCGGUCCAGAGCCGCACCGGUCCGACUCCCCAUGCCCGACGCCGCCGAGCUGGAGGAGAGGUUUUCCAUCGCCCUGAAUUCCAUGAACCUUCCUCCGGACAAGGUGCGUCUGCUGCGUUCCUACGAUAACGACAAGAAGUGGGAGCUCAUCUGUGAUCAGGAGAGAUUCCAGGUGAAAAACCCGCCCCACACGUACAUCCACAAGCUGAGAGGAUUCCUUGACCCAGCCGUCACACGCAAGAAGUUCAGGAGGCGGGUCCAGGAGUCGACGCAGACGCUCAGAGAACUUGAGAUUUCUCUCCGCACGAACCACAUCGGGUGGGUCAGGGAGUUUCUAAACGAGGAGAACCGAGGUCUGGAUGUCCUGGUGGAGUAUUUGUCCUUGGCGCAAUAUGCCGUCACGUUUGACGGCGAGCAGUCCGAGUCUGGGGGAGACGCGGCUUCCAUCGACUCGCCGUGGAGUCGCUCCAUCGAGGAUCUCCACGGCGACUGCAGCCUCCCGUCCCCAUCCUCCUCGGCACCCAGAGCGGCACGCCACUCCAUCAGUUCCACCUUGGUGACUCGCUCCAACACGCUGCCCAGCAGUCGCACGCUGAAGAACUCCAGACUGGUGUGCAAGAAGGACGACGUCCAUGUGUGCAUCAUGUGUCUGCGAGCCAUCAUGAACUACCAGUAUGGCUUCAACAUGGUUAUGUCUCAUCCGCACGCCGUCAACGAAAUCGCUCUCAGCCUCAAUAACAGGAAUGCCAGGACCAAGGCUCUGGUGUUGGAACUGCUGGCGGCCGUGUGUUUGGUACGAGGAGGACAUGAGAUCAUCUUGUCUGCUUUCGACAACUUCAAAACGGUGUGCUCAGAGUCCAUGCGCUUUGAGAAGCUGAUGGAGCAUUUCAAGAAUGAAGAUGACAACAUAGACUUCCUGGUGGCCUGCAUGCAGUUCAUCAACAUUGCGGUCCACUCGGUGGAAGACAUGAACUUCAGAGUGCAUCUGCAGUACGACUUCACCAAACUCAACCUGGAUGAGCACUUGGAGAGGCUGAAGCACACUGAGAGCGACAGGCUCCAGGUGCAGAUUCAGGCGUACCUGGACAACGUGUUUGAUGUCGGGACGCUGUUGGAGGAUGCCGAGACCAAAACGGCCGCGCUGGAAAGGGUGGAAGAGCUGGAGGAGAACCUGAGCACCAUGUCGGAACGUCUGCUCGACGUGGAAAACGAAGCCAUGCUGAAGAUCGUGGAGCUGGAGAAGCAGCUGAUGCAAACCAACAAGGAGCUGGACCAGCUCCGGGAGGGGUAUGCCAGCGCCAACACACAGGUACACACGCUGCGGCGCAUCGUUCGCGAGAAGGACCAGACCAUUCGUCGCCAGAGUCGUCUGGAGCGUCAGGCCCAGGAGGCCCAGCAAGCCGGGGGUCCUGGAGCCCCUCAACCCCAAAGAGGAGAGGGUGACGGGGGCGUGGUCCAUUCUGCCUCACCCUCACCUCCCCCUUGCCCCAAUCUCUCCCCCAGCCCAGAGACGGUAGCCUAUCACAACGCGGGAGCAGGACUGGGCGGAGCUCCAGAUAUGCCGGCCCCGCCCGCGCCUCCACCCCCACCGCCGAUGCCGGCUUCAGUGUCCAAUGGGGUGUACCCGGCCCCUCCCCACCCCGCUCCUCCUCCACCCCCACCACCUCCGCCCCCACCUCCGUGUCGGACCGGCGAGUUCUCAUCCGCCCUCCCUGUGCCGCCUCCUCCCCCUCCUGUGGCCCCGCCACUUCCGGGGUCAGGGUGCUCGCCCACCGUCAUCUUCAACUCUGGGCUGGCAGAGGGACCACUCAAGUUAUUCUCGGUGAAGAUCAAGAAGCCCAUCCAGACCAAGUUCCGGAUGCCGGUGCUGAAUUGGGUGGCCCUGAAGCCGAGUCAGAUCAACGGCACGGUCUUCAACGACAUUGACGAUGAAGCCAUCCUGCAGGACUUGGAUGUGGAGGUGUUUGAGGAGCUGUUUAAAACAAAAGCCCAGGGUCCGGCCAUGGAUCUAACUCUAUCCAGACACAAGCUUCCUCAGAAGGCUCCGUCCAGAGUUUCUCUGCUGGAUGCCAACCGAGCCAAGAACCUGGCCAUCACGUUGAGGAAAGCCGGCCAGGGUCCAGAGGUCAUCUGCCGCGCCAUCCACACGUUUGAUCUGCGGAGCGUUCGAGUGGACUUUGUGGAGUGCCUGAUGCGCUUCCUGCCGACAGAAGCCGAGGUGAAGCUUCUGCGUCAGUACGAAAGAGACCGCAAGCCCUUGGAGGCGCUGAGUGACGAAGACAGCUUCAUGAUCCACUUCAGCCGCAUCGAAAGACUCAACCAGCGCAUGUCCAUCAUGACCUUCAUGGGCAACUUCAGCGACAACGUGCAGCUGCUCACACCACAACUCCACGCCAUCAUCGCUGCGUCUGUUUCCAUUAAAUCGUCUCAGAAGCUCAAGAAGAUACUUGAGAUCAUCUUAGCGCUUGGGAACUACAUGAACAGCAGUAAGAGAGGUGCCGUGUACGGAUUCAAACUCCAGAGCUUAGACCUGCUGCUGGAGACCAAGUCUACGGACAGGACGCAGACGUUGCUUCACUACAUCGCCAACGUGGUGAGAGAAAAAUAUCCUGCGGUGGCGCUCUUCUACAACGAGCUUCACUACGUGGACAAGGCGGCGGCAGGUCAGAGGAGGCUCAUUGCACGCUCUGUGUGUGUAUGUUUGUGUGCUCACACGUGUGUGUGUGUGUUAGUGAGUCUGGAGAACGUGUUGUGUGACGUGAAGGAGCUGCAGCGAGGGAUGGAACUCACUUGGCGGGAAUUCAGCAUGCAGCAUAAUUCCACCUUGAAAGACUUCAUCAGCAGGAACGAAUCACGACUCAACAAACUUCAGGAAGAUGCACGCAUCGCCCAGGACGCGUUUGAAGACGCGGUGAAGUUCUUUGGGGAAAGCUCCAAGACCAUGCCGCCAUCCGUCUUCUUCCCCAUCUUUGUUCGUUUCAUCAAAGCUUACAGGCUGGCUGAGGAGGACAAUGAGCAGCGACGACGUCAAGAGCAAAUGAUGUUGGAGAAACUGGAACAGGAGGAGCAGCAGCACCAGGAGGAAGAAACCAAGUCGCCGUCCCACAAGGGCAAGCGGCAGCAGCAGGAGCUUCUAAGCGAGCUGAGACGACGACAAGGGAAGGACAGCCGCCAUGUUUACGAGGGGAAGGACGGCGCCAUCGAGGACAUCAUCACCGCCCUGAAGACUGGCCCCUUCACGGCUCGAUCGGCCAAACGUAGCUCGCGCUUCUUCUGCGACCCCGCCCACAGCGAAGAACACUAUUGAGGCUGGGCGGGGCGUAGGCGUUCUUGGCAACAAUCAGCACUUUGAACCUUUUGCCGUCUCAUUGGUCAGCUCGUUGGCGCAUCAAGUGUUCCACCGCAUUGCAACUGAAAGCACACAGGAAGUCGCCUUCCUUUCACGGUAAAAGUCCUUAAAGGGGGGUUUAGUUGAAAGAAACAGGGUUUGACUUUCUUCUACUCAUCACCGAGCACAUUCCACUUCAUGUCUUUCCAAAUUCUCCUUUCUGAGCCCUUCUACUGCAACUUCCCUGACUUUUUAUUUGCUAGUUCUUCCCGCCGUUAUUCCUAUGACAUUAAUCCCUGCUGUGUCGCGGUUCUAGAAAAAGAUUGAAAGAUAACUUAUAUGCAGUGUUACGGCCAUGUUAUGAGAUGACAUUACGUCACGCUGCACGGAGACCGGCUAAUGAGCUAGCAUAACCCAGCCAACACGCUAUGGCUGAAAUGGGAGUCUUAAGUUUAGACAAGUCAGUUGGCGAGGGGACCGAGUUAGUCCGCUAACUUGCUAUGCUAGCGGCUGCCGCCUGUCAUAUCCGUUCAGUGAUCCCGUAGCCUGGGGAAAUGUGACCUAAUGUUGAGUAUUGGGGUGUUAUUUAUUUGGCUACGGGGCUGUAAUAAGGUUAAAAUCCCCUAUUUAUGGAACCAAUUAACUGCCACAAAGGAGGGAUUACUGUAUCAUUUCUAUUGUUAUUCCCACUACUAUGGUCAUUCAUCAUGUAUGGGAGGAAGGGAAUAUAGUCUUUUAUUACUACAAUGUUCAUUCCCGUCAUGAAGUGUGUGUGUGUGUGUGUGUGUGUGUGUGUUCACCUAUGGUGCCCGGGUUCACGUUUGGCGCGGUGCACUUGUACGCCGUCACCAGUCAUGCACACGCAGCACAUAACCUGUUAUGGUUAUAUGGCAGCCAGUCAGUCAUAGAAAUACAAUACAUAGACUCCACCCGAUCCCGAACCCACAGCACCCUUGCUUCACCUGCAACUACAUCCACGGGCAAUUGCUCCUCACAAAACAACAAAUAAAGUUGCCAUUUUUGGGAAAUUUGCUUGAGGGAAAAGUAAAAAUAGUAGUUGUAAUUUUACAAGAAAAAAAUCCAAAUAUCUAACGGGACAAAAAUGUUGCAUUUUAAGAGAAUAAAGUGGUCAUAUUAUGAGGAAAGAUAAUGUCAUUUUAGUAGCAUGUUCCAGAAAAAAAUACAUUCCUUUUUAAAGUUGUAUCAUAGACAAAACUAAAUAAAGUUGUAAUUGGUGGAAAAAUGGGUUUGGGGAGGAAAUUAUAAUAUUUUGGGAAUAGUUGAAAUAUUUGGAGAAGUUGCAGUAAAAGAGCAGACUAACUGUUGCGCGCAUGCUCAGUGAGUACGCCGCAUGCUUCCCGUGCACGUGCGUGUGCUUGGCUUGGUGGGGGUGGUACCAAGCAUGGUGGACUUUUAUGACUUCCGCGGGGUGUCACGGUCCAAACCACGCCCCAUUUCCACAAACCACACCCCUUUUCAUUCCCUAUUAAAUCCAUCUAAUCAUGUAACAUAUUAGCCAUAGACGUCGUAGAGCCGCAGCUCUGUCAAUGUCGCCGCCAUAUUGGAUGGGUCACGGUUUCGCCGCAAAUGAACUUACGUUCAUAAAGCGCCUUUCUACAGCUUCGUGGAAGUAAGUUUACUUUUAUGAAAUGGUAAAUGACAGGUGCGCCACUCCCUCUAAUCAACUAACUAGCGCUAGCCGUCUCUUAUGUCCCUUCAGCCACCCCGUAGCCUAAGCGAUGUGACGUCAACAAUGAAUCAUAGCAGUGUAAAAGUGACUAUUGCGGCGUCAUUUGGUGUCUUCAGGCGUCUCAUAAUUUUUAAACCUAGUAUUAACAAAGCUAUAAACAGGUUUACCACUCCUUUUAGAACAAUUACGUAACUUUAGAACUCGACAUUAAACCGGCAAGGCUAAAUAGUUACCUCGCUAGCUUGCUAUGCUAGCUGUAGCUGUGUUAUGUCCCUUCAGUGAUCCCGUGCCCUGACAGACGUGACGUAAGAGUAACUAGUGGGAGUGGAAAAGCAGCCUUGACUCAUGUGAUCGGGCGGCGACGUUGAUGUACGGCUUACCAUUUGAUGCGGCGUCUCCGUGUUACGUCUAUGGUGUAGCGAACAUGUGACAAUGGAGAGCCGAAGCACUGGAGGGUUCCUCUCCAGCAGCCGAUUUAAUUGAUGAGCUCCUUCGCUCACAUUUAAUGUGGCAUUGAUCGUUAAAAUCACCUGCUUUGGUUAACGACUAGAAAGAAAACCUGCACUGUCUCGGCCCUCCACGGCAUGAGUUUGACCCCCCCCCUCCGGUGUAGCUUAUAGCAAACACAUGCUAACAUCAACUCCGCCCCCACUUCCCGCCUAUCUGCAGCCACGCCCCCAAUGUACAUCCUUCAUUUCCCAAACGUCAAGAUGAAAAGAGAAGAGCACAAGGUUUUGUACGUAAAAAAACAUUUUCUAGCUUCUCCACUUUUGGUUGUUCUUGUUCCAGUUGUUCCAUCGACAUUUGGUGUAAAUAAAUCAAACGUACAUGGCUUUUCUUUCUCCCCUCCUUGGAUGGAAAUACUGGAGUAUUACACAUGUACACCAAUAGUACAAUACAGUACCAUGUUUGAUUACAGAAUUUUGUCAAUAUAAUGAGGGGGAACAAUCCGAUUUUAGUCGCAUAAAGUUUAAAUAUUCAAGAAAAAAUGUUAUUUUGUAAAGAUAGUAAUGACAAAACAUAUUUGGAAUUUUUGGAAAAAUUAGGUCGUUGGAAGUGGUAAAUACCGGAAGAAAAAAAUUGGAAAAUAAAGUCCCGGAGGCCAAUAGUAAUAUUAAUAAAUGUGUAUUACUGCAGUAGUAGUAGUAGUAGUGUUUUUCUGGGCCGACAUGAGCGACCAAUCACUUUUUGCCGGCUGACAUUUUGGCUCGAUGUAAUCGUUCCGCCAACAAGCGGUCGGAGGCGGAGCAUCUCGCCACGACCGAC